AUGGCGGCGGUGGCGACCAUGGAAGGCUUUGAGGGCUAUUGGGGCCCGCCGACAGCCACUAUGGACUGGUGUGAAGGGAACUACAUGGUGACGCCCUAUGCUGCCGAAUUCUUCAACAGCCUCACAUCGAUGUUCAUCGCUGUUGCUGGCAUACUGCCCAUCUUAAUUCACUUCCGGAGGAGAGACUGCAUGGAAUGGAGGUUCAUUAUCGCUUUUCUGAGCGUAACCAUCGUUGGCUUGGGAAGUGUCGCUUUCCAUGGGACAUUGCUUUUCGAGCACCAGCGCUGGGACCAGGUGCCGAUGCUCUGGACUGUUGCCAUGAUCCUCUAUGUCUUGUUCGAGCAGAAGCAUGUUCAACCAGCUUACCGCAUCUUGCCAGUGGCCUUGUUUGUAUAUGCCGUGGUCGCCACAUUGGCGACCUCCAAGCGAAGCGGAGACAUGCAAUGGUUCUCCUUCCACGCGUUCUUCGGGCUGGCCACUUUCCUCGCUGUCUGCAAGGUGACGCUGUUCUACCGCAGCUUGCCCACAGACAUGACGGAGUUGAGAAAAGUCAUGUCGUACGGUUUCAUCGCUUUGGGGGUGGCGAUUACGGUUUGGCUGAUGGACCUGAAGCUUUGCAACCAGCUGCACAUGCUGCCCGCCUACGACUACUGGAACUUUCACGCCUGGGGCUGGCAUUUGAUGGUGUCUUGCGGCCUCUACAACAUCUUGAUCGGAAUCUGGUACCAUCGACUCAAGGUGGUUCUGGAGAAGGAUGUGAGCUUGUGCCUGUCACCUCUCCCUCACAUCGCCUUCGUCCCGCCGAAGCUCGCUUGA